AUGUAUUCGGCUCUCGAACCUAGGAAUAUCCUGGUGUUGGUGGUAUACGCUGGUUCGCUGAGGCAGCAAGGCUUACGUUUAGAUUUGUUUUCUUCUAUUUUGAACUCUUGGUCUUCGUACUACGAUGGAAUUGUGAUAAUGGGCGAUUUUAACGUCCAUAUUGGUGAAGUUAUUGAUUCACAUUUGGAUGUAGCUUCUCCCAACAUUUUUGAUGUUAGACGGUCAAAGGAUUUAAAGGUUGGCACGGGCGGGAGACAGUUUCUGCAUUGGUUGAUUGAACACGAUUUUAUUCUUCUUAAUGGUCGUACUAAGGGAGAUUUCCCAGGUGAACUAACUUUUUUGUCAAAAGUGGGUAGCUCGAUUAGUUUUGUUUGGAAUGAUUCUAAAGUAGAAUUGUUUGGUGAUGCCGUAUCGCAGAGUUUCCAAAAUUUAAACUUUGAUUCUAUGCCUGUUGAUGAUUUUUAUGGUAUCAUUUUGUCUGAGCUAUGCUCUAUAGCAAGAAGACUAAAUGUGUUAAUUGAAGGUGUUGAACCUUACAGGAGGAUUCGUUCCCCUUGGUUUGAUGGGUCAUGCUAUAUUCAAAAGCGAGCGAGGAACAUUGCCUUGAGCAAAUUCCGCAGAUCUAAUAGUCCGGCUGAUUUGGCUUCCUUUUUAAAUUUGAAACGACAAUAUAAUUCACUUAUUAAGGCUAAAAAGAGGAAAUAUUUUUGUAAUUAUGCUUUACAGUUGGCUAAUAUUAGAGACUCUAAGACCUUUUGGUAUCGGGUAGGAUUGAAAGCAAGGAUUUCCACUAGUGCCGGGUUUACUGAUGCCUUUUCAUUGGAAAAGGGUUUACCACAGGGUGAUUCCUUAAGUCCGAUAUUGUUUAUUUGUUAUGUUAACGACAUGGUACACGUUUUUGAUGAUUUAAGUAAAGAUUUCAUUUCUCUGGGAAACUACGAAGUCCAUUUACUUCAAUUUGCUGACGAUACAGUGGUGUUAUCCACUACCCCGAUUUAUCUACAAAGAAAAUUGGACAGGUUAUAUAAUUAUUCCUCUAAUUUGGGUUUGCGUAUUAAUUUAUCAAAGUCGAAAAUGAUAAUUUUUAAACAUGGUGGAAGGUUGAGAAAAGCUGAUAAAUUUUUCUUAAAUGGUAGAGGAGUCAGUAUUGUUAAUGAAGUUAUAUAUUUGAAGAUUCGUCUCUCAGAUACUGGCUCGUUCCAAAAUUACAUUUCUUAUGUUAAAGGUAAAGCAUUUUCCAAAAUAAAUGUUAUAAUAGAUAUCUUGAGACGGGUUAAAAACAGCCAUAUGGCUUUGUGUAAGAAACUUGCCGCCUCUCUUUUUACUUCGAGUUGGUCUUAUGGUUUGCCCUUUUGGGGGCCUUUUUGCUUUGAAGAUAUCGACUCUAUAGAACUGAUGUUCUUUCGUCGUCUUUUUUAUUUUGAGAGGCGGAUCCCAUCGUAUGCAAUUAGAUCAGAAUUAGGCCUUGAGUUUCCUCGGAAACGCUUUGUAUAA